AUGAAGCCAGUAAAACAUCUGUUGUCCUCUAGUAAUAAACUGGCAAAUGUUCCAGAAUUAAGUUACGGAAAAGGAGUACUUAAUUCACCGUUGUCACCUAAACCAAAGGAAAAACAAAGUUCAAAAUUAGUACGUGAUAAACUUGAACCAAUGGUUUUAAGAUCUCCACCAACGGGAGAAUCCAUUGUGAGGUAUGCUUUGCCCAUUCCAUCAAGUAAGACAAAGGAGUUAAUAGCAGAAAAUGAAUUGCUCAGGAAAAUUACCAAGCAUCUGAAGAUGGUUGUUUCUACUUUGGAAGAAACCUAUGGAAUUGGCAAUGAAAAUGUAGAAAAACCAGUUGUGAAGACCAAACAUGAAGAAUUAUCUUUAUCUGUUGGGGAUGAUCCGAAUUCAUUCAUGGCAUGUUCACAGUUUGCAGCUCAGCUAGAAGAAGCAGUUAAAGAGGAACAUCAUAUUUUGGAAUCUCUUUUUAAGUGGUUUCAACGGCAGGUUAAUCAGUUGGAAGAGGUAAGUAAAGAUCAAAGUCUUUCAGAAGCAGAGUUGCCGGCCCCUGAUAAAGCAGCCACUCUAAGUGUCACACAAGCAAUGAAGUGUGUGCAAAACCUUGAAGAGCUGAAAAGUCACCUUAAAGAUGGAUUUGAAAGCUCUGCUAAAGUCAUGUUAUACAAGCCCGAGAAUAGUGAAAAUCUACCAGAAACAGUACAAGGUGACGAAAAUGUGCUGCAGAAAAUUGAAGAAUUUAUAAAAACCCACUCAGCUAUAGGACUUACAGAUAUUUCUGAAACUGAACCACAAGGUACUUAUUCAGUACCUAAUCGAUUGAAUGCCAUGUUGAAAAUUUUUGAAAAACAGUCAAAUAUGUUAGACAGAGCUAAGAAUGAUCAAAUUCUGCUAGAAACUAAAUACAAAAGGAUGGAAAAUGAUUUCCAGAUUUUAUCAGAAGAGAAAUCAGUGCUGGAAAAUGAACUCCAAACCUUGAGAAAUAAAGAGAAAAUAGCUUGCGCUCUGGAAACUGAGAACAAAGUCCUUCACGAACAACUGAAACAAGCUUUACAGGAAACUGAAAAAACUAAGCAUCAACUAAAGUAUUUCCUAAAUCAAAGGGAGUUACUUAAAAGUGAUGGGAAGACCAAGACCAUCAAGGAGACCAUCAUGGAAAAGAGAAUAAGUAAAACAGAAGUAAGUGAAGUCUCACAAUCCAUACCAUUGGAGAAAGAAACAAGAAAAGCACAAGUUGCAGAUUCAAGUGGACAAAGGACAAAUGAUAAAGUUCAAGAACAUUCAGAGGUAGCUGUUUGA